ACCAUUAAAAGUUUUAAAUUUUUCCUAACAAACAAAACAGUUAAAAUCUGUUUUCUCUCUUCUCCUCUUUUUGUCGUUCCCCAUUUCAUUUUCAUUUGGUCUCCUUUUUUCCUUCCUUCUUAGAGGAUAAACGUCUUUCUAUGUUUUCUUGAGGAACAAGUUUCAGACAUUUAUCAUCUCUUAAGGAGGAAAGAAGGAUGGCUGCAAGAAGAGCUAAAGGAAAAGACAGCAAAUCGCUUACCGCCAUAGCCAUUGAUAAAGAUAAGAACAGCCAACACGCUUUGAAAUGGGCCGUUGAGAAUAUCGUCGUCGAUUCUCCAAACUGUAUCCUUCUCCAUGUCCAAACUAAAUUGAGAAUUGGUGCAGGGGAGAACUCAGAAGCGCCACAUGACAACAAAGAAGAGGCUCAUCAGUUCUUCCUUCCCUUCAGAGGAUUCUGCGCUCGAAAAGGGAUCAUAGCAACGGAGGUUCUUCUUCACGAUAUUGACAUCGCAAGUGCAAUUGUUGACUACAUCACCAAUAACUCCAUCGCAAACAUAGUCCUUGGAGCCUCUGCGCGAAACUCCUUCCUCAGGAAAUUCAAGGGGGCAGAUGUUCCAACGACUCUGCUUAAGACAACUCCAGAUACAUGUGCUGUCUUUAUUGUGUCUAAAGGGAAGCUCUUAACAAGCAGAUCAGCGAGUAGGACUCAGGCACCUCAACACUAUCCUCAGCCUUCAAAACAAUCCACACUCUCUACGAUUUCUGAUCCAGGCCCGACAAGCUCCUCUUCCAGUGAAUCCGGAAGAUCAUCUUCUGCAUUAACCGGAGAGUUUUCUCCACCUACACCUCAUUACAAGCCAAGUUUUAAUAGGAGUUCUCCGGGAGAGCUUACCCAUGAAUUCUCUCCUAGAAGUCACAGUGGUGAAUCAAACGCCAGUUUCUACAGCAUCCUAGGACGAUCCACCUAUGGAGGAAGCUCGCAAUCUUCCACAUCCAUGUCUGAGAUAACAGAGGGAGAGGAAGGCUUAUCUGGGGGAAAUAUCACUGAACAACAGAAUCAAAAUCUUGAAGCAGAGGUGAGAAGAUUAAGACUCGAAUUGCAACAGUUCAAUGUUUCCAUGGGCAGAGAAAGUGCCCCUCAUCCUCAAGGACCUAGAGUUACCGCUGAAUCUGAAAAGUUGCUUAGGGCACUGUCUGAGAUGGAUAACCAGCAAUCACAGAGUGCGAUCCACGCAACCGAAAUGGCACAACGUCUUGCGGAAAUGGAGAAGCAGAAGAGAAGACUUGUGGAGAUGCAGGCCAGGUUCAAUGAACAGACGAUGGCCAAUAGCGUAUCCUACAGACGAUACAGCAUCAGAGAUGUCGAAGGUGCAACCGACGGUUUUUCGGAUGCCCUAAAGAUUGGGGAAGGAGGGUAUGGACCUGUGUAUAGAGCCGUUCUUGAAAACACUUCUGUUGCCAUCAAAAUCUUGAAGUCAGAUGUCUCACAAGGCCUUAAGCAGUUCCAUCAAGAGGUUGAGGUUCUGAGUUGCAUGAGACACCCUAACAUGGUGAUCCUCCUCGGUGCUUGUCCCGAGUAUGGCUGCCUUGUGUAUGAGUAUAUGGAAAAUGGAACACUAGAAGAUCGUCUCUUCUGCAAAGACAAUACUCCACCAUUAUCAUGGAGAGCACGGUUCAGAAUCGCUGCUGAGAUUGCCACAGGGCUGCUUUUCCUUCACCAGGCCAAGCCUGAGCCACUAGUACAUCGAGAUCUGAAGCCAGCAAACAUUCUGCUGGACAGACAUCUCAAUAGCAAAAUCAGUGACGUCGGUUUAGCUCGGUUGGUACCUCCCGCUGUUGCUGAUAGCUUCACUAACUAUCACAUGACUGCUGCAGCCGGUACAUUUUGUUACAUUGACCCCGAGUACCAGCAAACGGGAAUGCUUGGAGUGAAGUCUGACUUGUACUCAUUCGGUGUGGUGCUUCUGCAAAUCCUCACGGCGAUGCCAGCAAUGGGUUUAAGCCAUAGAGUAGAGAAAGCGAUUGAGAAAAACAGUCUCGGAGAAGUUUUGGACCCGAAAAUAUCAGACUGGCCUGAAGAAGAGACGUUGGUGAUAGCUCAAUUGGCGUUGCAGUGCUGCGAGCUGCGGAAAAAGGACAGACCUGAUCUUGCUACCGUUCUGUUGCCUGCACUGAGCAAGUUAAGAGAGGUUGCAGCAGAAGAUCAUGAAGCACAUAACUCGGUUUCUCUUUCCCCAGUAUAUUCCUCUCAGACAGAGGAUGAUGCACUGACGAAGUCUUAUUGACAAAAAAAAAAAUAAAAAAAAAUUGGAACUUCGACGUAGAUCAAAGCUAAGCGACGUUGGCUAUCUCUGAGAUCCGCAAUGAAGUUGCUCAGUUUAAGCAUCCGAUGCCAUCCCCCAUACCUAUCAGAAGAAGGCGAUCACUGUGAUCAUAAAUUAAGCCAGUGCCAAUAAAGUUUUUGUUGAUCUUUGAAUGAUUUGUUUUCCACCUAAAGUUCAAUGUUGAUCUCCCAUAGUGUUGGAGUUCUUGUUUUGUAUAUGGAACACUUGUAUUUUUUUGGUCUCAUGAAAAGAAACGCUUUUAUUAUGGAAGAGCUCUCUCGUCUUUGCAAAAUCAAGUCAACGAAUAACCGCAUAUUGAAAUUUGAGAGUAGAAUCUUCCUUGAAUGGGGACGAGAUUGUUGGUCAAAAUAGUUGCAAAGAAAGAAGAUGAUGCUAAAGUAUUGACACACAAAUAUCAUCUCAAAACCAGACAAUAAAGCCUUCGACAUUGGUCCCGAACAAUCUUGUAGUGUUAACACUCUUAUCUAUAGACUCUGUUCAAAGAUGUUAGGAACGGAGAAUGAAAGCCUUUUCACCUUUGAGUCAAUCUCUGAUAACAACAUACACUUUUUUUGGACGAGUGAAAAAGAGGUACGACACUGCAAUCUCAGUCUCAUGAUAUAACAAAAGCGAGCAUGAUUAUAAACAAGAACUCAUGGAGAUUCAAAGAUACCAAGCGGUACCAUCAUCAUUAUAUAUAUAUAAAAAGGUUCACAGGUUAAAAUUUAUGCUAUAUGAAAUCGAGAAUUCUACCCUAGAAACCACUAAAAGCUCUGAUUUUUAAUGAUUCCCAUAUGGCUGCUUGCCUCUAAAGAUCACUGAGGUUCUUCAUAUGUGAGCAUACCGCUUGAAAACCUGCUUCCCCGCCACAACCGCACCAGCCGCUAUUCCUCCGAGAGCACCAGCCACAGCCGCAGAUCUCACCCCUCUCGCUGCCCUAAAGACAGCUCCGGUUCCGAGACCAGCCACCACGCUCGUCCAGACAUCGUCCCUGUCCGUAAGCGCCACAACGCCACUCUCAAUCCCUGCGUAGAUCAACCCAACAAUCCCGAUUUUAUUUCCCCAGGACCGGCCCGCCUGACCAGACGAAUUCAGCAUCCUGUUGAUUUUCAGCUUGGUCGUGUCUCCAUACUCGAAGCUCUUGACACCGGAGAAGAUCCCGGCUGCAGCGCCGGCUACAGAGCCACCGAGAUAGCCCGUCCCCGUGUAGAACGUGAGGUUCUCUCCCCAACUUCGACGCUGUUUGAGGGACUCUUCCGUGAAGAGGAAUUCGGGAGAAGUAGGAAGCUUGUAAAGAUACUGAGCUUUGAUCGGGAGCUCGUAGUUCUGGUAAGGAUUGUAAAGACGCGUGUUUUGGUCGGAUCCGUGAUCGUCGGAGCUAUGAUUGGUCGCCAUUAGAGGAUGACCGAAGGGGUUUCGGGGUGGUGGCGACAGCGAAAGAGACGACGGAGUUGGAGAAAGCUUAUGAAUUUUUUUUUUUAUGAUGUGAUGCAGAAUGGCGAGUUUUGUUAGGGUUCUUAAGAUUUUGUGACUAAUUCGAAUUCGAC